GGGCAAUACUUUAAUACAAAUCAAAGGUAGGGGCAUAUGGGUAGCUAAAGCUCAAGUGACUUGUGACCUUCUCACUAUAUAUAUGCAUAAAAUACAAGGGCAAGGGAGAUAUCCGGUUCCUAUUUUGUUCUUGUAGCAGCAAGAGUUUCCUUCAACUCCAGAAAUGAAGGAGAAUUCCAUGGUUUUUGUCUUCCUCUAGCAAGGGCAAAUCCCAGCUUUUCUGUUUCACCUACAAACAAAACACAAACCCCUUCUUUGGAGAGCACCAACAACAAGAAAUUACCAAAGCAAGGAAAGAACAGAAGAGAGAAAGACAAAAGCUAGGAUUACAAAGCUCAAUCACUCCUUUCAUUCCCAUGUCAAACAUCACAGGUGAUGCAGCUGGAAGUUUCUCUUCUGGCAACACUGGAGAUGAAGAAGUGCAGCAAAAUCCACAACUCAUCUUCAACUGCUACCAGCAACAACAACAACAACAAUUGCUGCAAGAUCUCUUCCAUGGCUCCAACUCAGGACCUUCAACUACAACUAACAGCACUGAUUCCAUCUCACCAUCACCACCAUCUCAACACCAACAACCGGUCAAGAAGAAAAGGAAUCUGCCAGGAACUCCAGACCCAAAUGCAGAAGUGAUUGCUCUAUCACCAAAGACACUGAUGGCGACGAACCGGUUCGUCUGUGAGAUAUGCAAGAAGGGGUUCCAGAGGGAUCAAAACCUGCAGCUUCAUAGGAGAGGACAUAAUCUCCCAUGGAAGCUUAAGCAAAGAUCAGGUAAUGAGAUUAGGAAGAGGGUGUACAUAUGCCCUGAGCCAAAUUGUGUCCACCACAACCCGGUUCGAGCAUUGGGCGAUCUUACCGGCAUCAAGAAGCAUUUCUGCAGGAAACAUGGUGAGAAGAAAUGGAAAUGUGAUAAGUGUUUGAAGAAAUAUGCAGUACAAUCAGAUUGGAAGGCUCAUUCAAAGACUUGUGGUACUAAGGAGUACAAAUGUGAUUGCGGAACCAUAUUCUCCAGAAGAGAUAGCUUCAUCACCCACAGAGCUUUUUGUGAUGCACUAACAGAAGAAAACAACAAAGUAAGCCAUGGGCUGAUCACACCCACCUUUGUUGGGAAUUUACAGGAAAAAGUUUCAGAUCUCAUGUCAUCAAUGCCUAUGGUUUUUGAUAGAUCAAUUGGAGUUCCAGAAUUUAAUCACCAAGAAGCUAAGAACCCACUUAAGUCUCUCCCUCAGGAUCUCAUGUCAAUGCAAAUUAACUCUCCAAUUAUGUCAGGAACCUUGUUCUCUAACAACUCCAGUACUCUCUUUAGUGGUCCAAGAAACAUCUCUUCUUCCUCCUCUUGCCUUGGGUCAUCAGCCCACAUGUCUGCAACUGCAUUGUUACAGAAAGCAGCUCAAAUGGGUGCAACUGCAAGUACUACUAUUAACUCCCCCAUGAUGCAAAAGACUUUGGUUACUGGAAUGGCAGGCCCUGAUCAGUUCUCUGGCAUGAGAACAACAUCAUAUGGAGGAGAAACCACCAACCAC